CCGGUAGUCGAUUUCGGGACGCGAGCGAGCAAACAAGGAUCGUGUUUUUCCUUCGACGUUAACUGCGAACUUUAUUAUUAUUAUUGUUAUUGUUGUUAUUAUUAUUAUUAUUAUUAUUAUUAUUAUUAUUAAUCGCCGUUCGUUGCUCGUUAUUAUUAUUUAUCGCUCAUUUACAAAAGGGGGCAAAGUUUAUCGCUCGUUUCAUUUUAUUUAUCGUGGACAAGUCUGCUCACGCGUUUCAUCACGCGACUCGCAACAACUCCGUUCGUUCCAAGAUCGUCCGCCCGAGGCAGUGUUCCGCGAAUGUUUUCACCCGCGAGUGAGGCUAUUAUUGUUAUUAACUGGCCGCGUUAUCGUUCGGGGAAAAAAGGGGGAUAGGGAUAUAUCGGAAGGAAUAUUACGGACGAUCGGUCAGCUUUCGGUUCUCUUCUCUUUCUCUCUCUCUCUCUUUCUUCCACGGGGAGGGAAAGGGGGUCGAGGGUCGCGGCGAUAAGGACAAAGGUCGGACGACACGACGGCCUUCCCCGAUCGAAUAAGUAACACGCGAUCGAUCGGCUUCUUACUUCGCAGUCCAUUUUUCCCGUCCGCGACCACGCGCCACGAGGACACGCGCCAUGAGGAAUUUGAAUCAGAACGGUGAGGAGUUCGAUCUGAUCGCCGAGAGCGGGAGCAACGAUUUCGACAACUCGUCGACAACAACGAUCCGUCAAGAAGAGAACGAAGAGGACGACCUCAACGACCCGUAUUGCGUCGAGGAUAAUCCCCAGAGGAUCACCUUCGAGGACGUCACGUCGGCCGCUUUCAAGAUCAAAUGCGGGAUCGUCAACACGCCAUGCGUGAAAUCGCGGCUGUCGGACACGAUCGGCGUAGACCUGUACCUGAAGAAAGAUUUCCUCCAAGUAACCGGAAGCUUCAAGGAGCGCGGGGCGAGGUACGCCCUGGUGAUGCUGUCCGAGGAACAGAAGAAGAUCGGCGUGAUCUCGGCCUCGCUGGGCAACCACGCCGGCGCGCUGUGUUAUCACGGGUACAAGCUUGGCAUACCGGUGACAGUGGUGAUGCCCGUGAUCGCGCCUAUCAUGAAGAUCGUCGCUUGUCGCCAAUACGGCGCCAACGUGAUCGUCGAUGGCCUCGACAUGGAAGAGGCGAGGCGUAUCGCGCUUAGACGGGCCAAGGAGAAAGGGCUGACGUACAUAAAUGGAUACGAUUAUCCGGACGUUAUAGCGGGGCAAGGCACGCUCGGUCUCGAGAUCGUGGAGCAAGUUUCCAACAUAGACGCAGUGGUCGUUCCGAUUGGAGGCGGUGGGUUGAUCGCGGGCGUAGCUUUGGCCGUGAAGAACCUUCAUCCGAACGUAACGAUUAUCGGCGUCGAGUCGGAGAAGUGUCCCAGUUUCUACAAGGCACGAAAGGCGGAUCGACCGACGUACACUCGUAUAGAUUCGACAUUGGCGGAUGGCCUGGCCGUCCCCGUGGUUGGAUACAACGCUUUUGCGACCGCGAAUCCGUUGAUCGACAAAUUGGUGGUGGUGAAGGAGGAAUGGAUCGCGAUCGCGAUCUUGAAACUGGUCGAGAACGAGAAGUGUAUCGUCGAGGGUGCAGGUGCCACUGGAUUGGCCGCCAUCUUGGCUGGCCAAUUGGAGGAGCUGAAAGGAAAAAGAGUGGUGCUGCCUUUGUCGGGCGGGAACAUCGACACGACGAUCCUCGGCAGGUGUUUGGAUCGCGGACUGGCGGCGGAAGGCAGGCUUUUGAAGUUCACAGUGACCGUGUCCGAUCGACCGGGCGGAAUCGCGGAGCUUUGCAGAAUGCUGGCGAGCAUCGGUGUCUCGAUAAAGGACAUCAUGCACGAGCGGGCUUGGAUCAUGUCGGACAUCUUCAGCGUGGACGUGAAAGUGGUCUGCGAGACCAGGAAUCGGGAACACGCGGAACAAUUGAAGAACAUGUUGUAUCAGAAAUAUCAGAAGGUUGUGUUCGGGACCAGCGACGUGGCCACCCUGAACUUGCCUGUGAGCGUGUAAGAGAUCUCUCGGCUCCGAAACUCCUGUGAUUAGGACGAGAUUCGAGAAUUGAAUCAUCCCAGAGUCGAUGGAUCGCGAACGAAGAAAACGAUCUUUCCUUUUCCUUCGAUCGGAUAUUUACUCGAUAUUUUAUUAUAAAAAUAUGGAGGUUUAUUAGAGAGCACGGCGUUUGAUUAUUGGGAGCAAUUCGAGAUCGCUUUGAACAAUCGAUGGAUGCGGUCGAAGAAAACGAUUUUUCUCUUUCGAUCGAAUAUUUACUCGAUAUUUUAUUAUAAAAAUACGGAGGUUAUUAUUAAAGGGCACAGCGUUUGAUUAUUGGGAGCAAUUCAAGAUCGCUUUGAACAUCGGUUGAAGAACGAUCUUUUUCUUUUAUAUCAGAUAUUUACGUAAUAUUUUAUUAUAAAAAUACGGAAGUUAUUGUUAAUGAGGACAGAGUUUGAUUUUUGGGAGCAAUUCGAGAUCGCUUUGAACAUCGGAAUCGAUGGAUGCGAUCGAAGAAAACGAUCUUUCUUUUUCUUUCGAACGGAUAUUUAUAUAUCUAUUGUAAAAAUAGGAAAUUAUAAUUAAGAAAGAGCACAGAAUUUGAUUUUUGGGAACAAUUCGAGAUCGCUUUGAACGUCUCGAUCUCUUUCGAUCGAAUAUUUACUCGAUAUUUUAUUAUAAAAAUACGGAGGUUACUAUUAAAGGGCACAGCGUUUGAUUAUUGGGAGCAAUUCAGGAUCGCUUUGAACAUCGAUCGAAGAACGAUCUUUCUCUUUUAGAUCAGAUAUUUACGUAAUAUUUUAUUAUAAAAAUACGGAGGUUAUUAUUAAAGGACACAGCGUUUGAUUAUUGGGAGCAAUUCAGGAUCGCUUUGAACAUCGACCGAAGAACGAUCUUUCUCUUUUAUAUCAGAUAUUUACGUAAUAUUUUAUUAUAAAAAUACGGAAGUUAUUGUUAAUGAGGACAGAGUUUGAUUUUUGGGAGCAAUUCGAGAUCGCUUUGAACGUCCCACAAUCGAUGGAUACGAUCGAAGAAAACGAUCUUUCUUUUUUUUUCGAUAUUUAUAUAUGUAAAAUACGAAAAUUAUAAUGAAGAAAGAGCACAGAAUUUGAUACUUGGGAAUAAUUUGAGAUCUUUCCUUCCGACCAGAUAUUUACAUAUAUCAUUAUAAAAAUAUGAAAAUUAGUAUUAAAAGAGAGCGCAGCGUUAGAUUUUUAUAAAUUUAAUUCACUUUGCGGAAUAUUGCGGAAUCGAUAGACUUAGACUUGGAGUAUUCGAUCGAGGAACGAAUCUUUGGAUCGAAAAUUUAUAUACCUGUUGUAAAAAUACAAGAAUUACUAUCAAGACA